AUGGCGGAAGCUGAGAAGAAGCGAUAUCAAUCAUUUUCUCAGGAGAAAGACGACGAGAAAGAUCUCGACCUUGUCCACGACGAGCACGAGGCUCCUCUUCCUUUAACCGUCACUUCCCGUGUUUUGUACAUGUUGGGAGACAUUGCAGCUGGUCCAGCUUAUCGGUUUACCCAAUGGUUGGAUUUAGUUCGUAAACGGAGUGCUACUUAUGGAUCCUCUGGAUUCCCUCACCGUCUUCACCGGAUCGAUGAUUUGGUUACUAGUGCAGGAGAGAGGAAUGCUGAUCCGAAAAGUCCACCGAGCAGGCAAACUUCAGAGAUUAGUUUGUGGGAAAGGCUUGGUAAAGCUUCUAUUGUGGAUAUCGAAUCGAGCUCUUUUUCGUGGAACAUGCUGUCUUCGCUUCACCAUACUGAACAUAGUAGUAGUACUGAUCAUUCUGAAGAGGACCAGAGUAAACCGCUUGAGGUUACUGUGAAUUCUGGCGGAGUUGUUUUCUUUGCCCUGUUCAAUCAUUCCAGCUCUGAAGAUGCUUCUCGAAAGGAAGAAGCAGCAGCAGUUAUAAAAUUUUCAUCAUCUAGGAUGGCCACGCAAUCAGAACGUCUAGGUUAUGAGUUUGCCAGGUGGCUAGGGGUGCAGAUUCCGCAGGCUAGAGUCAUUCAUAGCUGUAAUCCUGAGUGGACACUGAUCAAAGAAGCAACUGAAAAGGCACAAGCUAAAGCGGCUUCAGAGGGAGACGAGGUUGGUGAAGUGACUUGUUCAGAACUUCUGGAAGCCCUUGAGCUCAGUCGUUGUCUUCUCCUAAUGAGUUAUGUCCAUGGAUGUCCAUUGCUAGAGAGCAUGAGUAGUUUCGAUACUGAAGAAAAGGCAGAGAGAGUUGCUGCAGCGUUAGGGAGAAUCUUUGUGUUAGAUCUUGUAAUUAGGAACGAAGACAGAUUACCCUGUCGUCAGCUGAGAUGGCGUGGCAACCCGGCAAAUCUGUUAUUAACCGACAGAAUUGUGUCAUCAACAAAACAUCUAGAAUGCUCUUUUGAAGAAGCUUUUGAUUCCGCCAUCAAACGAUGCCAUCCAAGGGACUACAGAUCCAUUCAGCGGGAAAGAAGAGCUUCUUCGGUAGAUAGCAGAUCUAGAUUGAGUGUUAGUGAUCAAAGGUUAGUCUCACAGUCGUCUGAGUUUUCUGAUAUAACGGAAUCGCCUAGAUCAUAUGACACUGGUUAUAUGAGUCCAAUGUCUGAUAGAUCAGUAGCUCCUGAUUUUCACAUCGUAACCAUAGACUCGGGUGUUCCACGGCGUCCCCCUGCUGGAAAACGGGCGAGCGACCAAGAAAUUUAUCCUAGAUUAGUUGAGCUACUUCUCAAUAGUAGCCAAUAUUCCUCGAAUUUGUUACAUGAAAUAACAGAAGGAAGUUUAGGAUAUCCCCUGGCAGAAGAUGGCGAAGAAGCAUCUAAUGUUCGGUCGACUGUAGUAACGCCAGUUGUACGUGAGUUCCGCAAUGGAUUUCGCGCUGGUCUCAGGGAUUUACAAGAGUUUCACAUUUUCCUUGUCACCCUUCAUCAGAAGUUAGAUGGGUUGCUACGGGCGUUUUUCAAUAUGAUGGACAAAACAAUGUGUGCAGAUUUUGACAGAGAAGAUUUUGCUGUUCCUGAGUCGCCUUCACAAACUCCUGGGCAUGAGAUGAAUCACUAUCCAUCUCCCUCAAAAGAUCGGGUGCAUAGUGAUAACAGCUCUGAUCACAGCGAGUCAGAGUUUAUGCCAAAAUCAGUUCCCAGGACACCAAAUUCAGAAAACAAAGAAGGCACAGAUGCUUCUUCGCCUAAGUCACGAGAUAGUUGGCACGGAAGAUCCGGUAGAGGUGGAGAAUCUCUUAGCAGUCAACGUUUAGCAGCAAAGCUUCGCGACUUCCAUAAAUUUGCAAAGAUUGAUGCAGAGUCUAAUAAAGAACUAGACCAGUGGAAUGAAACUCUGCGGAAUGAAGUUCUGAAACUCUGCCAAGAGAACGGUUUCAACACUGGUUUCUUUGAGGGCAGUGAUAAUAACAGUUGUACCGAUGCUUACGAGCUAAAGGUUAGACUUGAGCAUAUUCUUGAGAGGAUAUCAUUGAUCUGCAAAGCGGCGAAUACAGAGAAACCAUCGAUGAUACAAGAUAAUCUUUUUAUCGGAGGAGGAUUGGCUGCAAGGUCCGUUUACACUCUUCAGCAUUUAGGUAUAACUCAUAUUCUAUGUUUGUGUGCAAAUGAAAUCGGGCAGUCGGAUACUCAAUACCCUGAGCUCUUCGAGUACAAAAAUUUCUCAAUAACCGACGAGGAAGACUCAAAGAUCGAGAGCAUCUUUCAAGAAGCUCUCGAUUUCAUCAACCACGGCGAAGAAACGGGUGGCAAGAUUUUAGUUCAUUGCUUCGAAGGUCGGAGUAGAAGUGCAACUGUAGUACUCGCGUACCUAAUGCUCCGAAAGAACCUCACACUUUUAGAAGCAUGGGGCAAACUGAGAAAAGUUCAUAGACGAGCUCAACCAAAUGACGGGUUUGCCCGGAUCUUACUUAACCUCGACAAGAAAUGUCACGGGAAGGUGUCAAUGGAGUGGAGACAGAGGAAACCGACAAUGAAAGUCUGUCCGGUUUGUGGUAAGAACGCGGGUCUAAGCAGUAGUUCUCUUAAGCUCCAUCUCCAGAAAUCUCACAAGAAACUGUCUUCGGGAAGCGUUGACAGUGCAAUGAACAUGGAGAUUCAAAAGGCUUUGGAGGCUCUUAAGCUUAGCACUGGUCGUGGCUCAAAUGUUAGUUCCAAUUCUUUUCAAUCUCAUUCUGGUUAG